AUGGCAGACUCGGAGCCGCCGGCACAGCCGCCGGCACAGCCUGCCGGAGACCUGCACCUGGACGAGGUGACGGGCGAGAAGGUGUCGAAGACGGAGCUGAAGCGUCGACAGAAGCAGCGGCAGCGAGACGAGAAGAAGCAGCAGAAGGCGGCCGAGGUGGCGGUCACGGCGCCCAAGAAGACGACCGGCCCAGUGCCGAUUGUCGAGAAGGACCUCGAUCCUCGCGAAUACUACAAGAUCCGAUGCCGGCAGAUCAAGGAGCUGCUCGACACUAACGAGCCAAACCCGUACCCGCACAAGUUCCAGGUCAACUACGACACGUUCAACUUUGCGCGCGACUUUGAGCACCUCAAGUCGGGCGAGGUCGACAAGACGCGGGAGAUCCGCGUGGCCGGCCGCAUCUUCACGACGCGGCGGUCGGGCGUCAAGCUGAUCUUCUACGACAUCCGCACGGGUGCGGACACCAAGUCGAUCGGCACGCGGCUGCAGGUCAUGUGCCAGUCGCAAAACGUCAAGGAGGGCGGCGUGCCCUUUGACAAGCAGCACGUCCAUCUGGCCCGCGGCGAUGUGGUGGGCAUUGUCGGCUGGCCAGGCCGCACGGCACCCAAGAGCCGGCUGGAGAAGGGCGAGCAGGGCGAGCUGUCGAUCAUGGCGUCGGAGAUCGUGCUGCUGUCGCCGUCGCUGCACAUCCUGCCGUCUGAAUACUACGGCUUCAAGGACCACGAGCAGCGCUUCCGCUCGCGCUACCUGGACCUGCUCUUCAACGACGCCUCGCGCGAGACGCUCUGGAAGCGCAGCCGGAUGAUCAAGUACAUCCGCGACUUCUUCAGCACCCGCGAGUUCAUCGAGGUCGAGACGCCCACGCUCGCCGCCAUCGCCGGUGGCGCCACGGCACUGCCGUUCAUCACCCACCACAACUCCCUGAACCGGGAUCUGUACCUGCGUAUUGCCCCCGAGCUGUAUCUCAAGAUGCUCAUCGUCGGUGGCUUUAACAAGGUCUUUGAGCUGGGCAAGAAUUUCCGGAACGAGGGCAUCGACCUGACGCACAGCCCCGAGUACACCAGCAUCGAGUUCUAUGCUGCGUACUACGACGUCUACGACGUCAUGGCCAUGACGGAGGAGCUCGUGUCUGGACUGGUGAAGGAUCUCACCGGAUCGUACAAGACGAGCUUCACGACGCAGCAUGGCGAGGUGUACGAGGUGAACUGGGAGGCACCGUGGAGACGCAUUGACAUGAUUCCAGAGCUCGAGAAGAUCACCGGAAAGACCUUCCCUCCCGGCGACGAGCUUCACACCGACGAGACGAACAAGUUCUUCCGCGAGCUCCUGCAGGAGCUGAAGCUGGAAUGCCCGCCGCCGCUGACCAACGCUCGCAUGCUUGACACGCUUGUCGGCGAGUAUCUCGAGCCGCAAUGCAUUUCCCCCGGAUUCAUUCUGAACCACCCCCAGAUGAUGUCCCCUCUGGCCAAGUACCACAGAGACCGCAAGGGUCUUUGCGAGCGGUUUGAAGCCUUUGUUUGCAAAAAGGAGAUUGCGAAUGCAUACACCGAGUUGAACAACCCCUUCGACCAGCGGAUGCGCUUCGAAGAGCAGGCCCGGCAGAAGGCCCAGGGCGACGACGAAGCCCAGCUGGUUGACGAGAACUUCUUGCGCGCACUGGAACACGGCCUUCCGCCAACCGGCGGUUGGGGUCUAGGAAUCGACCGUCUGGCCAUGUUCUUGACGAACAACUAUGCGAUCCGCGAGGUGAUCUCGUUCCCGAUGCUCAAGGAGGAUAAGCCUGGCCCGUCGGAGAAGUUUGCUGCCGAGGAGGUAGAUGUGCCUCCGAUGCCAGAAGAGGGCAUUCCUGACGUUGCAGCCCACAAAUGA